CUAGGCCUUCCCGCUGGAUGGGCGCUGCUCUCUGGCUCCGCUGUUAUUAUUGAAAAAUCUCUCGGCUUGGAUUGAGUUCACCCCCUGACAUUGAUGGCGAAGUGACCACCUGCUGCUUGCUUAAGGGUUUCGUCUACUUAGCGCUGCCCCAACAUGUCUGCUGAAACUGAUCACUCAUCAGGAGGAACAUCACCCCUUUACUCUGCUGCAACGCCCCAGCCUCCCACACAGACCGUGUCUUCAGAGGAAGAAGACAUCGAGGAAGAAGAGUAUUCAGAGAAAGAGUAUCUGUUUCCUGAAGAGGAAGAGUAUCUGGAAGGGGAGGAAUAUCUGGAUGAAGGCUGCUACCUAGAGGAGGAAAUGUUGCUGAAGGGGAAGGAGUAUCUGUGUGAAGACAGGUACGCGAAGGCGGGAGAGCAACUACGCGGGGAAGAGGACCUGGAAGAAGAAUAUCUGUUUGGAAAGUAUGUGGACGACAAAUUCAAGGGGAAAGAUUUAUGGAAAAACCUGUCUAACCUUACAAGGAGACCCUCUCAAGGGACCACCUUCUUCACUGCCCUUCCUUCUAUCUCUGAACUUACCCAAGAGUCUCCAUCCUACCACACAAAACCUUCUACAUCCUUCAUGCAGCAAGAUGGAGAACUUCCUGCCUGGCAUGACCAGAGCACGCAGACGAAAUGGAUCUACAAGAGCAAGUCAGCAACUGCAAAAUCAAAAUCAAAACUAAAGCUCUCGACAACCAAGCUAACCACUGUAAAGACGGAUUCGGAUUUGGAAGUGUGUGUUGUCCCUGACAUGCCUCAACAGGAAGAAAGUGCCAUGGAGUUUGUUUCUAAAGAGAGCUUGUGGGACAAUUUAUUAAAUGAGGCCAUCGACUCCAUGGAAACUGAGGACUAUAACAAGGUUCUCAACAGCUCCUAUCAGGUAGUGUUUAAGACCAUUCUCAAAGAAAUGGCUGCUCGCCAAGAACUGGAAGAAGAUAUUGACAUCCCCCUGACUGAGAUUCUGCAGAGUGACACCAGGAGGAAACUGGGAAUUCUGUUGAAGAACAAUUUUGGAAAAUACAAGCAAGCAAUCCUCUGGAUUUUGAAGAAACGUGGAAACAUACUCACUCCCAAAACUGCAGAGAUGUCGACUUUCACAUUUCAGUUAUGGAAACCACUACCAGAAGAUGAGGAGCCUGUGAUAGAAGCCAAGAAAACACAUCGCGUGGUUCAUCGUAAGAAGACAUUAGAAGUAGAUACAGAAUGGAUACAGAAUAAGACUGAGGUGCAUCAAGAUGAUGGAAAACUAAUUCUCUACCCCAGUGGGAUUGUCUUCCAAAUUAUCUUUCCUGAUGGAUCAGGCCAGAUACAUUACCCAUCAGGAAACCUGGCUUUGCUCAUCAUCAGUACAAAACAGAGAAAGUUCACCUACAUCAUUGUAGAAGACAGUGAAGAAUGGUGUGUCCGGGCCCUUAUCAACAACUCUGGCCAUGCCACCUUCUACAACGAAAACAAAAAAAUCUGGUUGAGCCUGAGCCAAAACCUGGGCUACUACUUCCCCAAAGGCCAACACCAGAAGGCCUGGAACUGGUGGAAUCUGAACCUCCACGUCCACAUGCCACCUGUCUGGCCCAUCUCCUUGAAAAUCAACCAGUACAUCAAGGUACAAGUAAGGAGCCAGGAAGAGAUCACCUUCUGCUUCAGCCACCAAAAGAAGCACAUCCGCUUAAACCUGGGCACCAAGUACAAGAAGAGCCCAGCAGGGAACAAAGAACCAGGAGGAGCCCCCAGCAGCACCAAGGCAGAGGACUGGCCGCAGGCCGGUAGGGAGUUUCACCGGGAGUACUGGGAGCUGCACGCUUCCUACUUGGAGACCAAGAAAUCUCACUAG